CUGGCUUUAGCCAUCGCAGAUCUCGCCCUUCAGAUGGCCUCGUGGAAAGGAUGUGUUCACACGCUCAUAGAAAAGUACAACAAUGACAUCAGCUCGAUGCCCUUCCUCAUAGAGAUUCUCACUGUGCUGCCGGAGGAAGUCCACAGUCGAUCUCUACGAAUCGGAGCCAAUCGUAGGACAGAAAUCAUUGAGGAUCUGGCGUAUUACUCCAGCACUGUGGUGACACUGCUGACGACGUGUGUGGAGAAGACGGGUAUUGAUGAGAAGAUGUUCAUCAAGGUGUUUCGCUGUUUGGGAAGCUGGUUCAACCUGGGAGUCCUCGACACAAACUUCAUGGCCAGUAACCAGCUGCUCAUGGUCCUCUUCCAAGUCCUGCAGAGGGAUGAAACCUCCACCAACCUCCACGAGGCGGCGUCGGACUGCGUCUGCUCGGCUCUCUACGCCAUAGAAAACGUGGACACCAACAUGGCGUUGGCUCUGCAGCUGUUCCAGGGCGUCCUGACGCUGGAGACGGCGUAUCACAUGGCUGUGGCUCGAGAAGACCUCGACAAAGUGCUGAACUACUGCAGGAUCUUCACCGAACUCUGCGAGACAUUUUUAGAGACCACAGUCAGGAGUCCAGGUCAGGGUAUGGGAGACCUGAGGACACUGGAGCUGCUGCUGAUCUGUGCAGGACACCCUCAGUAUGAGGUUGUGGAGAUCUCCUUUAACUUCUGGUACCGCCUUGGAGAACAUCUGUAUAAAAUUAACGAUGCAGCUCUUCACACCAUCUUCAGACCGUACAUCCAGAGACUUCUGCACUGUUUGGCCCGACACUGUCAGCUCGAUCCAGACCACGAGGGAAUCCCAGAGGACACCGAUGAUUUCGGAGAGUUCAGGAUGAGAGUCUCUGACCUCGUUAAAGACGUCAUCUUUCUCGUUGGAUCCAUGGAGUGUUUCUCUCAGUUAUAUUCUACGUUAAAAGAAGGGAACCCUUCCUGGGAGGUGACGGAGGCCGUUCUCUUCAUCAUGGCUGCGAUUGCUAAAAGUGUUGAUCCAGAGAACAACCCAACGCUGUCGGAGGUGUUGCAGCAGGUGGUUUUACUUCCAGAAAGCGUCCACAUGGCGGUUCGUUAUACGAGCAUCGAGCUGGUCGGAGAGAUGAGCGAGGUCGUGGACAGAAAUCCAAGAUUCCUCGACCCGGUGUUGAACUACCUGAUGAAAGGUCUCAGAGAGAAACCUCUGGCGUCGGCAGCGGCGAAGGCGAUCCACAACAUCUGCUCAGUGUGCAGAGACCACAUGGCUCAACACUUCCAGGGUCUGCUGGACAUCGCUCGCGCCCUCGACUCCUUCGCCCUGUCCACCGAGGCCGCCGUCGGGCUGCUCAAAGGGACAGCUCUGGUCCUGGCUCGUCUUCCUCUGGAGAAGAUCGCAGAGUGUCUCAGUGAUCUCUGUGCUGUUCAGGUCCUGACUCUAAAAAGGCUUCUGGCUGAAGAAUCUACAAAUGGUAAAUCAGCUGAUCCCACCGUCUGGCUCGACAGACUGGCUGUUAUCUUCAGACACACAAACCCCAUCGUGGAGAACGGACAGACGCACCCCUGUCAGAAAGUCAUCCAGGAGAUUUGGCCGGUGCUGUCCGAGACUCUGAACACUCAUCAGGCUGAUAACAGGAUUGUGGAGCGAUGCUGUCGCUGUCUCAGGUUUGCUGUAAGAUGCGUCGGGAAAGGCUCCGCCUCCCUCCUGCAGCCGCUCGUCACUCAGAUGGUGAGUGUGUACCAGGUGUAUCCACACUCCUGCUUCCUGUACCUGGGCAGCAUCCUGGUGGACGAGUACGGCAUGGAGGAGGGCUGCAGACAGGGACUGCUCGACAUGUUACAGGCUCUGUGUAUGCCGACCUUCCAGCUGUUGGAGCAGCAGAAUGGUCUGAGGAAUCAUCCAGACACCGUGGACGACCUGUUCAGACUGGCCACCAGGUUUGUCCAGAGGAGUCCCGUCACUUUACUCAGCAGCAGCAUCAUCGUUCACAUCAUCCAGUGCGCCAUCGCUGCCACCUCAUUGGACCACCGAGACGCCAACUGCAGCGUCAUGAAGUUUGUCCGAGAUCUCAUCCACACCGGCGUCGCCAACGACCACGAGGAGGACUUUGAGGUGAGGAAGCAGCUGAUUGGUCAGGCCAUGGAGCAGCACGGUCAGCAGCUCGUCACUCAGCUGAUGCACUCGUGUUGUUUCUGCCUGCCGCCGUACACGCUGCCCGACGUGGCCGAGGUGCUGUGGGAGGUCAUGGUGUUUGACAGACCUACGUUCUGUCGCUGGUUAGAAAACGCUCUGAAAGGUUUACCGAAGGAGACGUCAGGAGGAGCUGUGACUGUCACUCACAAACAGCUGACUGACUUCCACAAACAGGUCACCAGUGCUGAGGAGUGUAAACAGGUGUGUUGGGCCAUCAGAGGUUCACCAGAUUGUUCCGAUAGCUGCCACGUUCACCC